GUUCAAAACGCUCGCCGUAGAAGCACUGGCGCGAUGUGCUUCGGCAAAGCAGAAACGCUGGUUAACUACUCCUUUGGAACUUGUCAACAUAGGAAGAUCUUUCCUCACUUCCAUCCCCCAAACUUAUUGGGGAACAAGUUUCUCCCUAUUAGGGGAGUGCCCCACAGAGGGCCUGGAUGUUAUAUAGCAGAAGAGAGUAAAGACUUGGCAAACAACCUCGCUAAGAUCCCAACCAGUAUAAAAGGAUAUGGUUUUGGAGCCAGAACAGCUGUGAGGUUUAAGCCAAAGAAUAAGGAUGUGACACCUUACCCAGGCAUGUACCAGACAGUCAAUCUUCAGGAGCAAACACACAAACCAAAUUUUGCUCCAUUUAAUACCUUGUCACCUCGCUUUCGGACACACUCAAAGGACCCUUGUUAUCCUGGCCCUGGCACAUAUAAACUAGAGAAAAAGGCACCCCAGAAAGUCACCUGGCCAAUGAAAUUUGGAUCUCCAGAUUGGGCUCAGGUUCCAUGUCUACAGAAAAGAACCCUGAAAACUGAGCUGUCCACAGACAAGGACUUUAGAAAGCAUCGGAACCAUUUGGCCUACCUAAGCUUGUACUACAACUGAAAAGCUGUGACUACCUUCACAUGCUCCUCCUGACCACAGACUCUCCAGGACUGAGGACAGCUGCUCUUGUCCUUGUGCAUUGCUCUGACCCUCCUGUCUGCCAGCAUGGGGUGCAGGGAGGGGCAAAGGGCUCAUAAUUACUAUAUGACUGCAUAAAGACUCAUUGUACA